AAUUCUUAUGCAAGGCAUCUUCAAUUAAUAGUUGAUUAGAUAAGUUCAAAAUACAUAAUUAGUCUUUGGUUGAUUAGCUAGUUUCUUUGUUUUCAAGUAAAUUGCCAAAAUGGUGAAGAUAGGUUUUGGUACAUUUGAUGACUCUUUUAGUGCUGCCUCCCUUAAGGCUUAUCUAUCAGAGUUCAUUGCCACUCUGAUUUUUGUGUUCGCUGGAGUUGGAUCAGCAAUUGCUUACAAUGAUCUAACAUCAGAUGCAGCCUUGGAUCCAGCGGGUUUAGUGGCAGUAGCUGUGGCUCAUGCAUUUGCACUAUUUGUUGGUGUGGCCAUAGCAGCCAACAUCUCAGGUGGACAUUUGAACCCAGCUGUUACUUUUGGAUUAGCCAUUGGAGGCAACAUCACCAUCCUAACUGGUCUCUUCUAUUGGAUUGCCCAAUUGCUUGGCUCCAUUGUUGCAUCUCUCCUUCUCAAUUAUGUCACCGCUAAGAGUGUUCCAACCCAUGGAGUGGCUGCUGGACUGAACCCUAUUGCUGGAUUAGUGUUUGAGAUUAUCAUAACAUUUGGAUUGGUUUACACUGUUUAUGCCACAGCAGCUGACCCCAAAAAGGGCUCAAUUGGAACAAUUGCACCCAUUGCUAUUGGGUUCGUUGUCGGUGCCAACAUCUUAGCCGCCGGUCCAUUCAGUGGUGGUUCAAUGAACCCGGCUCGCUCAUUCGGCCCAGCUGUGGUUAGUGGAAACUUUGCUGAUAACUGGAUCUAUUGGGUUGGACCAUUGAUAGGAGGAGGCUUGGCUGGGUUGAUUUAUGGUGACGUCUUUAUUGGUUCAUAUACCCCAGCACCAGCAUCUGAAUUCUGAAACAUACCCUCAAAAUUGAAUCAUGGUUGUUGGUCCUUUCAAGCUUAAACUUUGUUCACUGUUUGCUUGCUGUCAUGAACCUUUUGGUUUUGUUUUUUCUUUCAAAAAGAAAGUUGUAACUUUUAUUAUCUACCCGCUGCUUGUAAUAAAUUGUAAAUUAUAGUUAUCAAUGAAGGUCCCUUUGUUUUUGAUCUGA